GAAUCCCUAAGACAACUCUGACGCCACUAAAGUUUCCAGAAGCAAUCAGCUCUCAGUCCUGACGGCAGGAGGGAACGCACCGCCGGGCCAAUCUGCCAGUUUUCUCGGCGGCAGCUGAAGUGCCAGGAAUUCUUGGUGUUCCGUUCCUCGGGCGCAACGCCGUCUGCACUUUUCGCCGCGUUGGGAGCAGCUUGAGUGAAGACAUCCAGGAUGGCUCAGGGAUCUGGGGACCAAAGAGCAGUGGGAAUUGCUGAUGCAGAGGAGAGUUCUCCAAACAUGAUCGUCUAUCGCAAAAUUGAAGACAUCAUUACAAAGAUGCAAGAUGACAAGACAGGGGGUGUGCCCAUCAGAACAGUCAAGAGCUUCCUCUCCAAAAUCCCCAGUGUUGUCACAGGUACUGACAUUGUGCAGUGGCUUAUGAAGAACCUUUCCAUCGAGGACCCGGUUGAAGCAAUACACUUGGGAAGCCUUAUAGCUGCCCAGGGCUACAUCUUUCCAAUCUCAGACCACGUUCUUACCAUGAAGGAUGAUGGCACCUUUUAUCGUUUCCAGGCCCCAUACUUCUGGCCUUCAAACUGCUGGGAGCCUGAAAACACUGACUACGCCAUCUACCUCUGUAAGAGGACGAUGCAGAAUAAAGCCAGGCUGGAAUUGGCAGAUUAUGAAGCGGAAAACUUAGCAAGACUCCAGAGGGCCUUUGCAAGGAAGUGGGAAUUCAUCUUUAUGCAAGCAGAGGCACAAGUCAAGAUUGAUCGGAAAAAGGACAAGACAGAAAGGAAAAUUCUGGAUAGUCAAGAACGGGCCUUUUGGGAUGUCCACAGGCCAGUGCCGGGCUGUGUGAACACAACGGAAAUGGAUAUCAGAAAAUGUCGUCGCUUGAAAAACCCGCAAAAGGUUAAAAAGUCAGUGUAUGGCGUCACUGAAGAGUCCCAGUCGCAAAGUCCUGUGCACGUACCCAGUCAGCCAAUCAGGAAAACCACAAAAGAGGACAUCCGGAAACAGAUAACAUUCUUGAAUGCACAGAUUGACAGACACUGUUUAAAAAUGUCCAAAGUGGCUGAAAGCUUAAUUGCUUACACGGAACAGUAUGUGGAAUAUGAUCCUUUGAUCACGCCAGCUGAGCCGUCCAAUCCCUGGAUCAGCGACGAUAUCGCUUUAUGGGACAUAGAAAUGAGCAAAGAGCCCAGCCAGCAGCGGGUAAAGAGAUGGGGCUUCUCUUUCGACGAAAUAUUGAAGGACCAAGUGGGGCGGGACCAGUUCCUAAGAUUCCUGGAGUCCGAAUUCAGUUCAGAAAACCUCAGGUUCUGGUUGGCUGUCCAGGAUCUCAAGAAACAACCCUUACAGGAUGUGGCCAAGAGGGUGGAAGAAAUUUGGCAAGAGUUUCUGGCUCCAGGGGCCCCAAGUGCAAUCAACCUGGAUUCUCACAGCUAUGAGAUAACCAGUCAAAACGUCAAAGAUGGAGGGAGAUACACAUUUGAAGAUGCCCAGGAGCACAUCUACAAGCUAAUGAAGAGUGACAGCUAUGCCCGCUUCCUCCGGUCAAAUGCUUACCAGGACUUGCUGCUGGCCAAGAAGAAGCCAGAAAGUGAGCAAGGUCGUAGAACUUCCUUAGAAAAGUUCACUCGCAGUGUGUGCUGCUGGCGCAGAGUCAGAAUGGCCGCUGCGUUUCACCCCCGAGGUGGCUUCCUUCCAGCAGUGGGGAAAGUCGCUGGCGGGCAAGCGCCUCCCCGGCCUGAUGCAGUCCUCCUGACCGUUCCCACCGCAGGGCCCGGGCCCGAGGACCACACGGGCAGGCGGCGGCGCUCCACAUCCGCAGACAGAGUUUCCUUACGAGGAGAUCUGGUCACUGUGAAAGAGAAAGAAUGAGGGCGUCGACGGGCCACAGUGGGGAGACUCGGUGGGUGAACGGGGAGACCAGAAAGGAGUCCACAGAGCCUGGGGUCAGCCAGGUAGAGGUCCCUGUUUACAACCCUCUGUUCCUUGUACAGUCAUGCGCUGGCACCCCGCUCUCUGAGAGGUCCCUGUUCCUAACUUGUUCAGGAGGAACACCUUAUGGAGCUCCUGUUGUGACUGUCACUUGAGAUCACAUCCUGACCAUCAUCAGCCCUCCCACUGUCUGGGGAAUCACGCCUUCCAGCCAACACAAGAGGGCCCAGCUUGCCCUGAGCACAUCCAGUAUUGUGCCCACCUGCCCACCGUCUCAGUGGCGACCCCCCAGCACCCACCAGAGUUACAGCCACUGUGUCCCAGCCACCUCCUGCUUCCUCCCAUCUCUGCGGCCCCCCAGGUGUGACAGGCCUGCACCGGGUGCUGACCUCACGCAGCAUGUCCCAACCCAGGCAACAGCGCUGAGCACCUUGCGGAUCACAUCACCUCGAGCUCAUGAAGCCCCUUGGAGGCCAGCUUUCAGAGGGGUCUCCCCAGGCCCAGCAGCUGCCCUUGGGUCCUGUCAGAUGUCUCAGAGGUCCAACACCAGAGGAAGCACUGCGGUAGAUGAAAGAGCUCAUGAUUUGGUGGCUAGAGAGGUUCCGACCAUCUUUUUAAAAUUUAUUAUCUUGUCAUUUAUUCUGUUUCUUCCCCUUCUCCUUGGUUUGUUCCCUCAUGCUUUGCUCAAAAUAAACACGGCCAUGAACUCAGGGGCCAUUGGGAUCCUCCCCUCAGGCGGCCCCAGGUGGCAGCUGGGAGAGUUCCCAGCCCAGGGGGCAGCUGGGUCGCGUGGCUGGCAGCCCCCACAUGUGGCAUCUCUGCAGGCAUGGCUGGGGCCGGGGCUGGGCCGGGGCCCAGUUGCGUCUGAAGCUUGGGUGGAAUGUGCUACAGAGGGACUAGGCCAGGGCCAUAUGGUUCUCUGACAGCCCAGCAAAAGGUACCCCGCUAAACAAUGCCUGUCGUAAGGGGAAAAGCAGACACGGCAAAACCUGCCAAGACCUGCAAAAGCUCCACGUGUCCCUUCAUGUGUGUGUGUCCCUGUCAUCUGCUGACUUGGCUGUGAGGCGAUGUGUGUGGCGUGACGAGCCAGGUGCCUGAGGCAUGCACGGUGCUCAGCAAAUGGUAGCUAUUACUCCCACUGUCAUUGUUGUGACUCCCACGAGCCCUUGGACGCAGUGGGAUCAGGCAACAUGUUCUUUGAUUCAGACCCUCGUGCCCACCCCUGCUAUGGCUAUCCUCCUUUCAUCUAUUUUUGACCAUAGAUGAAAAAUCUCCCUUGGGAGUAUAUAAACAGAAAACUUAAAAGAAAAAAGCGAUCACUGGUUUUUCUUUACUCAUGUAGGCAAAGUCACCAGCCAGUGAUCAGAGGCCCUGGUUUGCUGACCUCGCCUCCUGGGUGCUCCCCCAUGACCACGUUUCCGCCCCCUGCCCCGCGCCCUGCCAUGUGUCUGCUUCCCUGUCCCGCAGGGCACCGUCCUUCCAUCCCUGCCAGCAGGGCCACCGAGGGCAUCAUAGUCUCGGCUGUGGUUGCACCUUCCUGGGUUCUUGACCACGCCUCGGUUUCUCCCGGUAGCAGUAGUUGCUUCUCUGCCACGUACAGAGGAAAUGAGCACGAUGACAGAUGUUGAGAGUUCUCAGAUCACCUCCAAAGGUGGCAAUACAGACCCACGUUCUCACUGGGCACUCUCACACCCCCGUGCCACACAACCUUGGCAGAGCCUGGCACUUGGCAGGCACUCCAUAAUGACUUGAUGAAUAAAUGAAUGAAACGAAGCCCUGUCAAUGUUACGGGGUCUGUUGACUCCUCUCCUCGUUCCACCCUUAGUUAACCCCUUGCAUUUCACACAGACCUCCUGUUUAAGUACCUAUUACAGUCCAAGUUCCUCUGCACCCAACUUUGCCCAAAGGAAGCUCCUCCCUGCCAGAGGUCCCCAGGCUGUGCUGACAUCAGGAACAAAGGACAAAGGAAGUUCCAGGAUGUCGGGUGCCUCUAUGCCCUCAGUUGCCCAGGACAAGAGCCCGGCUGCCUCCUGUCCUUCCCCAUGGGCUGUGGACAGGGCAGGGCUGUUCCCCUCACCCCCUGGCUGCUGCUCCUGAGACUUUGGCCCACCCUGGAGGUCCCCAGGGGGGCUGCCAAAGGUCAGAUGGACAGUAGCCCCUAGAUGGAGCAGGCUACAGGCUUCCAAACACCUCUGGGGAUAUCCAGAGGGGAGGGCAGGCCAGCAAGCUCAAUAGAGGUAAGGGCACUCCAGAUGCAUUCAGACCCAAGCUGUAAACCUCCUCCUCGUGUGCCUCCCAUCCAGGCAUGCUGGGCCCUGUGACCAACACCACGUGCUUCCCAGUAGAUGAAGCCAAGCAACGGACGUGGACCAGGAUUGCUCCUCCCACGUUGGCCAGUCCAAGGUCAAUCUACUGUGCAGACUUUAGAAUUAAGUACAUUAGGAAAAUCUGGUCUUGGUCGGUUCUGCACUGGCCUGGUCUACACAGCCAAAACUUCUAGCCAGAUUAGAGUUUUGAAGGCAAUUCUGUAGCAAAGCAGGUUCCUCUGCCUCCAGAAGCCUCCUUAGCUCCCUUGACUAGACAGCCUCUGGACCUGGAACUCUUCCCACUGAGGGCUCAUAUCAUGUGGGCAGCCCCAUGACCAAAGCAUUUGGGCAGCCUUAGAAGCGACCCCCACAACCUAAUUAGCUCAGACACACAGGCACCAGACAUUGGGCAUCUGAUUGAAAUACCCUUUGCCUACGUGGGAAGAGUAAAACCUGUAGGUUGGCACAUGUAAAUGCCCAGCAGCAGCCAGAGAGCCUGGUCCAAGCAGUAGGAGCUCGCUGGGCUGGGGAGAGAGCUCCAAAAGGUGAUGCUGUGUUCUACUGGAAAGGUGUUACUCUAUGCUAGGAACACUGCAGGACCCAGCCUGCCAGUGCAGUCAGCUGGGUCACACUCCAGGCCCACCGCUACUGAAGGAUCAGAUACAGGCCAGGGUCCCAGAGGGACCUCUCACAAUGCUGAGUUGUUACACGGACCAGGGAACACAUGGGGACACACUCCAGGAGCUUUUCCCCUGGCAAGAUUGCUGGUGUGUUCAAACUACCUCACCAACAGGACACUAAACCAGGAGUCCGCCACCUGUCUGGCCCUUUUGUUGGUU